AUGUAUAGACUUUUAAUUGAAUUUCAAUUAGUAUUAUUGUUGUUAUAUUCAAAAACAACCGAUAGAUCACUAGUAGUGGCCAUCAGUUUCUGCGGCAAUAGCGGCGGACAGUUGGCCAAAACUGCGGUAAUACCAGUGGUGGCCAACACAACAACACCGACACCCGAAAAACUAUUGAUAAUACUAGUGAACGGUUUCCGCUGGGAUUAUGCCGACCAACUCACGGAUAGCGGCGCCGGCGGCGGCGGGGGAUUUAGUCGAGUGGCCGCAGCCGGUGUUCGGGCACCGUAUGUACGGCCAAUAUUCCCGCAAAACUCUUAUCCCAAUUGGUACGCUAUCUUCACUGGACGUUAUCCCGAAAAUUACGGCCAUAUGUAUGCUGAUGACCGGGAAACCGACGGUGACCUGUUUCCGAUGGGACAACUACCGAACUACCCGAACGUUUCGAAAGAUGGUCACUGGCGGUGGCGAUGGCGGUGGUCACCACAGGAGGUACAGCCCGUAUGGAUUACGGCCGAAAAAAACGGUCGACCAACUGCUAUGUACGGCUGGGACGGGUGUCAACCGGGCAUUGAUAACGUAACGGUUAGCUACUGUCAACCGUAUCGGCCGAUCGGAACCGAUAGCGACCAUCCAGUGGCCGCCGCGGCCUCUGCCGCCGCCAAUCAGACCCGUCAGUAUGUACGGGAAAUUUUGGACAAUUUUGCCGCUAAUAAUAGCUAUCAAUUGGCACUACUAUACCAUGAAUUUGUCGAUUAUAUAGGACACACAUACGGACCAGAAAGUCCUGAACUAUGGUCAGCCGUACGGGACGUCGAUUCCAUAGUCGACCAGUUGUUUGAUGACCUGAAACGGCUUGAUUUGGCCAAUCGGGUCAACGUUAUGAUAGUAUCCGAUCACGGGAUGACUCAAACCUCUGGCUAUCGACUAAUCUAUUUGAAUGAAUCAAUAGAUUUUCAUAGUAGUGUCCAAUUGUUUUUGGGUAGCGGUUCCGGUGCCCGUAUUCUACCGAAACUGGGCACUGAAAAUGAGCCAAACAUUGACCGCAAAGUAUAUACCGAAUCGGACGGACGGCGGGUACCGAUGUUGUUGGCCGGCGCUCACGGCUACGAUAGCGAUACAAAUCCGGACAUACGGGCCAUUAUGUACGGGUUUGGACCGGCAUUUCGCCGUAACUAUACCUUAGCGGAACCGUUAGAUAUGGUCGACCAUUACAACCUGAUUUGCCGUCUACUCGGACUACCGGCCGAGGCCAACAAUGGAUCGGCCAAUAAAAUUGCCGAUAUGUUAUUCUUUGUUUGUGUGCUUUUAUAUCCAAAAUUUAAAUUUUAA